CCUUCAUCUUCACCUUCACCUUUAUCUCUCUCCGUCCAAUUAUUCAGCCAAAAACUAACCAGACCCCCAACAUCAAUUGAUCGACUGAAAUGCCCCCCUCUCCACAAACCACCAAACUAACAUCUACCCUGCACCUCCUCAUCCCGCGUCUACGCCUUCUGCAGAAGAAGUCCACCGCCUCCUCCGUCGUCCAGCGCCGCGAACUCUCCCACAUCCUAUCAGAAGGCCGCGAAGCGUCCGCGCGCAUCCGCGUCGAGAAUGUCAUCGCCACGGAUAUUUCGGUCGAGGUGCUCGAGAUGGUAGAGCUAUAUUGCGAGCUGAUCCUGGCGCGCGCGAAUGUCGUCGAUCAAGCGGCGUUUGGCGAGAAGGGCGUCCUAGCGAGGAAUCGCGCCAAGGAGGUAUGGAGCUCGCUAAGACAUGCGCAAGGACAGGGACAGGGACAGGCUGCCGGGGACGGGAAGGGGAGAGGACAGGCGCAGCAGAAGUCGGGGUUCAGUUUUUGGAAUCCGUUUGGAGGGUCGUCGUCGAAUAAGCCGUCGGGGCCGGUCGGGGCUGAAUCACCAAAGGCGGAGACGGAAGAGACACUGGCUGCCACGGACGAGGAUCUGGAAGUGCUGGAGAGCAAAUAUAUUGAUCCCGCGCUGGACGAGGCUGCCGCGGCGAUUUUCUACGCCUAUCCGCGUUUCCCGCACGACGUGCGCGAGCUGACGAUCCUGCGCACCUUGCUCGCCGACCGCUGGGGAAAGGAUUUCAUGGCGCUGGCGGCCGAUAACAAGUUCCCGGCAGGUGAGGGGGUGAAGGUGCCUGCGCGACUGGUCAAGGGGUUGCGCGCGAAGCCGCCGAGUACGGAGCUAGUGGAGAGCUAUCUGUUGGAGAUUGCGCGGGCGUACGGAGUCAACUGGGGAGAGCAUUUGCAGGGUCACCCGGAUCCAGAACUAGGCGAGGCACCGGCGGAAUUCGUGGACGGAGACGAAGCCGAGUUCAAGGAAAAUCGUGACGAUGGAACGGGGCCUGGAGAUGACGAAGGACCCGGAGAUCUCCCAUCGACACCUGCGAAACUGCAACGUCGCCAAUCCGACACCGCGGAACUCAACCGCGUGACGCCACCGCGAGGCCUGCAGGCCGGGAAAAGCCCCGUCAGCGUUGCGCCGCCGGGGCCCCGAUCAGAUAACCCCAACCCACGCGUCAAGGUGCCGGGCAGCGGCUCUGGAAAGGAGACGGUGCCGGAAACUCAGUCGCCGAGCAAGAGCAAGAGCGGAGGGAUUCCGGAGCUGGACGAGUUGACGAAACGGUUUGCUGCGUUGAGACGGUAGUUGUUUAUCUGUAGAUGUCACGAGUACUUAUGACUUACGAUGAUGUUCUUCAUCCUUAAUAUAACCCUCAGAUCACAUGUCCGGUGGGUUGCAUGUAGAUAUUCCCACUGAGCGUGCGCAUAACACCGAUACCAUCCUGGACCUACAAGGACAUACACAAGCCUAGCUAGAGAAUUGGCAUAUGGAGGGAUCUGCAUGAAGAGCAACGCCGACAAGAUAAGAGAGGUGCUAUACUGAAAUCCAGACUGU